AUGGCUGCCGUGGCUCAUCAGUUUGGGAUUCUGAUUGAUGAAGACGGUGAGUGUCAGAGUGCCAGGACGAUGGCAGAUGAAAUCACCAGGAACAUCACAGACACAAUUAAAUUAAAAGAUGAACAGCUACCCUUACAAGGCGAAAUCUGGAAAGAGCUUUCCCAGUUGGAAAAGGAGAGGUUGUAGGCUGAGAAAAGCAGGGGAUGCAGACAUUGAACACUACAAGAGCUCUCUGAAGAAAAAAGGAGGAGGAGUUGAGAAAGAAGCAACAUAAAUGUGAAAUGUCAGAUGCAAUGGCAAAGAUUCAUUUUAGGAAUGUCAAAUCAGGACUGAGCGAUCCUAUUUCCUCAAAUGGAUGCGGAUAAAUCUGGACAAUCUGUCACGUCAGAACCUGUCGGGUUUGCGGGACCGGUACAAAGAUCUUUGCCAAUAUUCUCAGGAGAAAAAAGACGACAUUAAACAUUUGGAUAAGCAAUUAUCUGACUGUUCCUUAGGUCUUGAACACUUCCUGCGUGAGUUGGGCCAGUUAUAUGAAGCUGCCUGCUCCCUCCCUGAAAGUAGCCUACAAAGGAAACAGAUGGAGCAGCUCCCUGGAUUGUGUGCUCAGAUGCUGUUGGAUGGUUUCCCCAUUGAGCUUGUGGAUGGAGAUGCAUCAAAUAUCCCUCUAAAAUGGAUAUCAGCUGUACUGACUCAGCUUCAUACUCUUGUGGACUCUAACAGCAAGAUCCGGGUUGUGACAGUUUUAGGGGUCCAAAGCACUGGGAAGUCCACUCUCCUCAACACCAUGUUUGGUGUCCAGUUUGCUGUCAGCAGUGGAAGAUGCACCAGAGGGGCCUUCAUGCUACUGAUAAAAGUCAACAAAGAACUCAAGGAGGAACUGAAAUGUGACUUCAUCAUGGUCAUCGACACAGAGGGGUUGAAAUCACCAGAGCUAGCUCAACUAGAUGAUAGCCAUGAACAUGACAAUGAACUGGCCACGCUGGUCAUAGGACUCAGUGAUGUUACGAUUAUCAACAUCGCCAUGGAGAACUCCACAGAGAUGAAAGACAUUCUACAGAUUGUUGUUCAUGCUUUUAUCAGGAUGAAGGAAGUGGGGAAGAAGCCAGUAUGUCAUUUUGUGCACCAGAAUGUGUCAGACAUGUCUGCUCAUGACAACAACAUGAGGGACAGGAAGAAGUUGUUGGAACAGUUGAAUGAAAUGACCCUGGCAGCAGCCAGAAUGGAGAAGAAGGAGAAUAUCACCAAGUUCACUGACGUGAUGGAGUAUGAUCCAGACACAAGCAGCUGCUACAUCCCAGGACUCUGGCAUGGGACUCCCCCUAUGGCUCCAGUCAAUGCAGGCUACAGUGAGGCGGUGUACAGCUUCAAGAAGACCUUGAUGGAAGAUUUCAGAAAAUGCCAGAGAAAUGAUGACUUGACACAUUUCUUGAAGUGGACACAAAGCUUGUGGGAGGCAGUGAAAUUUGAGAAAUUCAUCUUUAGUUUCAGAAACAGCUUGGUUGCAGAUGCAUACUCCAGAUUAUGCUCGGAGUACAAUGGUUGGGAAUGGGCCUUCCAGAGGGAGAUGUAUACAUGGAUGGUGGGUGCUGAAACUAAAAUAUCCAAUAUUGGCAUGACAGAUCAAAAUCCCCAGAGGUCCAUGUGCAAAAAGACUUGA